GAUACUGGGAGGAUGAAGGCGUUGUUGUGUUCAGGCAAACAGCACAUGCAGCCGGCGAUUUCUGCCGGUCAGACCAAGACUCUGAUGAUGAUCUAUGAAUAAUCAGAAAUCAGAAAUAUCGCACUUGACUCAUUUCUGGCGCUGUGGACGAAUCAGGAUUGGACCUCAGUCUUUAAAAUGAACACACACACACACACACACACACACACACGCACACGCUUUCUGUGUUGGGACUGUGAAUGACAAGCGGAACGAGAGCGGAAUUUCAAUGAUCGCGUUUCUUGCUUUAAUGCGGAAUUUGUGCAACUUUGCCGGCGGUGUGUGUUGAUCUGUUAGCGUGUGUUUGAGAAAGACGCUCAGCGGUAUGGAAAGCAGUAUGGCACGGAUUAGCUUUAUUUAACGCCGCUGGUCAUUGAAACAGUGUGUCCUGAUGAUCUAAUGUGUAAAGGGAAUAAAACUGUUAGGUUUAGGUUUGUUUAUGUAGGCUAAUCGAGUUCGUUAUCCCGAUAAACACGUCAGGAAUGUCCGCCAGUGUGUGAUACAUGACUGAAGGGAAGUUAGCACAACUCUGUCAUGUCUUUAUUAUUAUUAGUAGUAGUAUUAUUAUUAAUAUUAUUAUUAUUUUGACUGUCCAGGAUGGCGGAUGUAGCUGAUGUCUACUAAGACGUGCGUGGUUUUGAACGCGUCCUCUGAACUUGCUCGGAUUUCGCCUCUUGUCGAUGAUCAUUUCAAGCUGUAAAUCGCUGUGGAAAUCGAUCAGGGUGGGACGAGAUGAUGUGGUAGUUUGAGACCUUUUUCCAAGGGUCAAGAGCGAGUCAUAAAAUCGGAUCCGAUUUCUUUACAAUCCGGUUUAAAUGUGAAGUCUGAGCCGAUUCGGGGUCUCUAUAGUGCCAGAGAGCUAUCGGCUAAGUGUGAACACGGCCACAUUUCUUCCCGAUUACAGACCAAAGGACUUUUAAAAUCUCGACAAGAAACAUUUAACGACCCUGUGUCUUUUAAAGUGCACACACUUUGCGGGGCAUCGCACACAGCAUACAGGCAACACGCACAAGACCUGGAUCGCACUUUCACACGGUGUAAAGGGUGACAAAGGCUCCCCUACGAUCUUGGACAUUUAUCUGGGACUUGAGAACCAUGCUGCUGGAAUUUGGUGUGUGUUCAGCCCUAUGAGAGGGGUUUUGUUUCCUAGACCUGUACCGUCGACGGAAACCCUGACGCGCCGCCUGUCCGCGCGCUGAACCGGAGCCUAAGUGGAGCUGUCCACCACCACGGGUCCUGACGCAGAGAGCUUCACCCGUUACUAACAACACACACACACACACACACACACACACACACACACAGUCCAACGGUUUGCCGAGACUGCCAAACGGAGUGCGCCAGCUCACAAGUCAAUGCCAUGCACUCCCUGGCUAACACCGGCUGUCCCAGUAGAGGUCUCUCAGCCUCCUGAACGCCCCCUCUCUUAAUCGCAGAGGAUGCUGGGAAUGUGUCGUGGGCGCAGGAAGUUCCUGGCUGCCUCCUUCGUCUUGCUCUUUAUCCCAGCCCUCACAUGGCUCUAUCUGUCUGCUAGCAACUUCACAGUGAAGCCGCUGCCUCUGUCUCCACUGGAGCCUCAGUCCUAUACGCUCGCCCUGGAACUCCGGGUACGGGAAGUGGAAGAGGAAAACCGAGCACUCAGGAAAGAGCUGAGUCAGCCACCCAGAAGCCCCACCCAUGGCAACCAGUAUGGCAAUGGACGUCAUGGCAACCAGUCCCACGCUGGCAGAGAGGGUUUGAGGCAUGCAGAGGCUCAUAGAGCCAUCACACUAGGAAAUAGUUCUGACUGUGUGUCUCAGCCUGUGGUGGACAAGUGUGAGACAAUUCAUAUGGCCAUUGUUUGUGCUGGGUAUAAUGCCAGUAGAGACGUGGUGACACUGGUGAAGUCUGUCCUGUUCCACAGACGGAACCCGCUCCACUUCCACUUCAUUACAGACUCCAUCGCCCAGCAAAUCCUGGCCUCCCUCUUCCACACCUGGAUGGUGCCGGCUGUCCAAGUGGACUUUUAUGAUGCUGAUGAAUUGAAGUCUGAGGUGUCGUGGAUUCCCAACAAGCAUUACUCAGGGAUCUACGGCCUGAUGAAGCUGGUUCUGACUAAGACACUGCCAUCAGACCUGCAGAAAGUCAUCGUUCUAGAUACCGACAUCACCUUCGCCACAGACAUCGCUGAGCUGUGGGCUGUCUUUCACAAAUUCAAAGGUCAGCAGGUGCUUGGGCUGGUAGAGAAUCAGAGUGACUGGUAUUUAGGGAACUUGUGGAAGAACCAUCGACCAUGGCCAGCUCUAGGCAGAGGCUUCAACACUGGUGUGAUUCUCUUGUUGUUGGAUCGUUUGAGGAAGCUCAGAUGGGAGCAGAUGUGGAGACUGACAGCAGAGAGGGAGCUGAUGAGCAUGCUGUCUACAUCGCUAGCAGAUCAGGAUAUCUUCAAUGCUGUGAUCAAACAAAACCCUUUCCUGGUGCACCAGCUGCCCUGCUUCUGGAAUGUUCAGCUAUCUGAUCAUACACGCUCCGAGAAGUGCUACAGAGAUGUGUCUGACCUCAAGGUGAUCCAUUGGAACUCUCCUAAGAAGCUGCGGGUGAAGAACAAGCAUGUGGAGUUUUUCAGGAACCUUUAUCUGACCUUCCUGGAGUACGAUGGCAACCUGCUGAGGAGGGAGCUCUUUGGCUGUCCAAGUGAAACUGACCACAAUAGUGAGAAUCUCCAGAAGACUUUACUGGAGCUUGAUGAAGAUGAUCCAUGUUACGAGUUCCGGAGAGAGCGUUUCACUGUGCAUCGCACACACCUGUACUUCCUGCACUACGAGUACGAGCCCAGUGCUGACCAGACUGAUGUUACGCUCGUGGCCCAGCUCUCCAUGGACAGGCUGCAGAUGCUUGAGGCCAUCUGUAAACACUGGGAAGGACCAAUCAGUCUGGCUCUCUACCUGUCUGAUGCUGAGGCACAGCAAUUCCUGCGCUAUGCUCAGGGUUCUGAGGUGCUUAUGAGCAGAAGCAAUGUGGGAUACCAUAUCGUCUACAAAGAGGGCCAAUUCUACCCCGUCAACCUGCUGCGCAAUGUUGCCAUGAAACAAGUCAACACACCGUACAUGUUCCUGUCUGACAUUGACUUCCUGCCCAUGUAUGGACUCUAUGAAUACCUCAGGAAAUCUGUAGUACAGCUUGACAUGGCACACACCAAAAAGGCUCUGGUAGUGCCAGCAUUUGAAACACUGCGUUACCGGCUGUCAUUUCCCAAAUCCAAGGCUGAGCUUCUGUCCCAGCUGGACAUGGGCACGCUCUUCACCUUCAGAUAUCAUGUAUGGACAAAAGGCCACGCUCCAACCAACUUUGCGAAAUGGCGGACAGCCACAACGCCGUACAGAGUGCAGUGGGAGGCUGACUUUGAGCCUUAUGUGAUGGUGAGGAGGGACAGUCCAGAAUAUGACCGCAGAUUUGUGGGAUUCGGCUGGAACAAAGUGGCUCACAUUAUGGAGCUUGAUGCACAGGAAUACGAGUUUGUGGUUCUACCCAAUGCUUACAUGAUCCACAUGCCUCAUGCGCCAAGCUUUGACAUCACCAAGUUCCGCUCAAAUGAGCAGUACCGUGUUUGCCUCAAGACGCUUAAAGAGGAGUUUCAGCAAAACAUGUCCCGCCGCUAUGGAUUCGCAGCGCUUAAAUACAUGACUGCAGAAAAUAACAGCUAGCACCUCUGCCAUACUGAAAUUCUGCAUGUGAGAUGGACAGAACUGCUUUAGAGUAACAUAAAAUAAUGGCAGAAAUGGACAGUAGUAAGUGAUGGACUCUUAAAAAUCUUCAAAACACAGAGCGGCUGGUACGCUCAUAAAAAAAGGGACUUUAGACAGACAAGUAAAUUAAUUUUAUGUCCAUAACUCCCUACAGACCUCUGGCAAGAUGGAUGUUUAUUCCAGUACCUAAUUUCAAACUGCAAAUUUAAACCUUUGAAUUGUAUUUUUUUUUUCUAGGGUCUUCCUAUUUUUGCCUCAGCACGAAUUAUGGUAACAAAAAACAACAAAAACUGUUUUGUUUGGUUUUACUUUUAGGGAGUCAUCUUUUAGAUUGUUUUGAAUACAGUAAUGCUUUCAAAAUUUCACCUUAAUAGAUAAAUAAAUAUUUUCCAAGGUAUUAAAAAAUACAAUUAUAUACAAUUAUAUGAACUAGACUGGAAUAGGUAAAAAGUUAUAAGUUCCAUAUAUUAGCUAUGUUUAUUAAAGCUGAAAAGUAAAGUGUAAAAGAAAAGGCCCAAAUAUACAGUUAUAGAUUCAACAUCCCAACUUCCAAGAGAUCGAAAUACAUUACAUCAAAGACAGCAAAGGUCUUAAAGGAAAUUUAGAUUGAAACCAAAAUGGAAAAUUCAUUACUUCAUUGAAAAAUGUUACUGAAGAAAGUUAACCACAAAAUAAAGCCAGUGUUCAUACAUGCAACAAACAGGACAGAAACAGACAAAUAUUUCUAUUCCUUUUGAUAGUUAAGGUUAUUCAAGAUAAUCAAAUCUUUUCUCCAUAAUAUCAUGUUGUACUGUUGUAUACUAUGAUGAAAACAAUGUUAUGGCAAUAGCGAAGAGCUGCAAGCGGUUCUUCCGAGUCAGUGAAAUCCCCAGAACAAUGUUGUUAAAAUGAAUAUGUCUAUUUUGAUAAUAAAA